AUGAGGCAGUGGGCAUGGUUAUUUCCAAACAGACUAAUACUUGCUGAUAUUAAUGCUGCUCACUAUAUUUUGGUAAAGAAAGAAAGUGAUUUCUGUAAGGGACACUUGGAUGAUGGCUCUCCAUUAACCGGAUCAAUCUUAAAUAAUUCAGAUUCAAAGUCAGAAUCGAAACGUAUAUUAUCAUAUUAUUUAUCUAGUAACCAAAUUAAAAGUACAUAUAUACCGCUGAUAUGUGAGUGUACGGAUCAUUUAAUUCUUCGAUGGAAAACACAUUUGAUGUCAUCGAAAAAUAAUCAUUUUGUCAAAAUGGACAUGUCGGAAUGUAGUUUACGGCUUGCAUUAGAUAUUGUGGGUGAAACCUUAUUAGGAGGAACAUUUGGUGCGUGUGCCAGUCACAAUAGUGAUAGUGAAGGUGAUCAAUUAACUAAAUGUAUGUUGAAACUUACGCUGCAGAUAUUUACCCAACGGCAUCUCACUGAAAAGAUCAUCAAUGAAGCACAUAAUAGUGAUGAAGCAUUAUUUAUUGAUGAGUUGGUUCAAAAACGGUGGGAUAUGCUUCACAAACAACAGUCACCAAGACAUCAGUUAACCAUUGAUGAUACAAAGUUAUUGUUGUUUGCUGGCUCAGAAACAACAGCUACUACAUUGAGUUUAACACUCUUGACAUUGGCUAUUUAUCAGGAUAUGCAAUCUAAAUUACGUAAAGAACUACAAGGUUUAACAAUGGAGAAUGCUUUAAAGAACAAUUAUUUGGAAUCGUUUCUUCGAGAAAUACUACGCUAUUGGACAAUAGCACCAUUUAUAACAAGAAUUUCUACUAUAAGUAGCAAAUGUCCAACAGUAAAUUCCGAAAAAAAUGUACAUAUACCAAGAGAUACCGAAAUUGAUAUUUUAACAUGGUCUAUUCAUCAUUCGCAAGCUUAUUAUAAAGAUCCCUAUACCUUCUCGUUGUUUCGUACAUCAAAACAACAAUCAAAAGGCAAAUGUCCUUACUUGCCAUUCAGCAUUGGUACUCGUAUGUGUCCAGGCAUGGAAUUUGCUUUAACUGAAUUAAAAAUUAUCGUAGUGUUAUUGCUUGAACAAUUUGAAUUUUCAAUUCAGAAGUCAAAAAAGGAACUAAUGUCACUGGAACAAGAGUUUCUUAUUGACUGGAGACAUUCAGUGUUACACACAAAGCAGCAUAUAAUCCUAAAUGUUUCACACUAUCACAACAGUGAUAGUGAAAUGUAUAACUGA